AUGGCGAUUUCUUCCACGCUCAGCAUCGCCUCGCCUUCGGGCAAGACGCUCACCGUCCCCACAGGUCUGUUCAUCGACAAUGCCUUUGUGCCCUCGGUCACGGGCGACACACUCGAAACGAUCAACCCGGCGACGGGUGCUUCGUUGGGUCACGUCUCCGCUGGCUCCGCUGAGGACGUCGAUCUCGCCGUCUCUGCCGCACGAACCGCAUACAACACCGUCUGGGGUCGCAAUUCUACUCCCUCCCAACGCGCCGAGUGUCUCUUCAAGCUCGCCUCCCUGCUCGAAGAACACAUCGUGGAACUCUCCGAACUCGAAUCGCUGGACAACGGCAAACCACGAUGGAUCGCCGAAACCAUGGACAUCGCCGACACCGCCGGUUGCUUCCGCUACUACGCCGGGCUUGCGGACAAGAUCGAGGGCAAGACGAUCGAGCAGAAGGAGGGCGAGAAGCUGGCCUUUACGCGUCUCGAGCCCUUGGGGGUGUGCGGGCAGAUCAUCCCGUGGAACUACCCCAUCGGGAUGCUCGGGUGGAAGGUGGCACCUGCGUUGGCUGCGGGCAACUGUGUAGUGCUCAAGCCGGCGGAACAGACGCCCUUGACGGCGUUGAAGAUCGCCGAGCUCGCGGUCGAGGCGGGUCUGCCGAAGGGCGUGUUUAACGUUGUCAAUGGUCUCGGCCCGGUGGUGGGUGAUGCGAUCACGGGCCAUAUGGAUGUCGACAAGGUCGCUUUUACCGGCUCCACCGCCAUCGGUAAGCGCGUCAUGCAACGUGCCGCCCAGUCCAACCUCAAGAAGGUCACCCUCGAGCUCGGCGGUAAGUCGCCCGUGGUGGUGUUUGACGACGCUGACAUCGAUCAGGCGGUCAACUGGGUCGCGCUCGGAAUCCUCUUCAACCAGGGCCAGGAUUGUACCGCCGGCUCGCGCCUCUUCGUCCAAGAGGGCAUCUACGACAAGUUCCUCCCCAAGCUCGUCGCAGCCUUCAAGGCGCACACCAUCGGCGAUCCGUUCGACUCGCAAACCUUCCAGGGACCCCAGAUCACGCAGCGACAUCAACAGAGGAUUCUCGACUACAUCGAGUCCGGCAAAGCCGAGGGCGCCAAGGUCGAGAUCGGCGGUGGCGCCUGGACAGAGGGCACGGGCGACUUUGCCAAAGGGUUCUACGUCCAACCGACCAUCUUCUCGGGCUGCAAGCGCGGGAUGAAGAUCGUCGACGAGGAGAUCUUCGGUCCCGUCCUCGCGGUGGCCAGCUUCAAGGACGAAGCGGAGGCGAUCAAGCUGGCCAACGACACGAGCUACGGCCUGGGCGCCGGCGUUUUCAGUUCGAAUGCCAACACGUGCAUGAGGGUCAGCGGCGCCAUCCAGGCGGGGACGGUGUGGGUCAACAACUACGUGGUGGUGAGCAAUGCGGUGCCAUUUGGUGGAUUCAAGAGCUCCGGUAUUGGAAGGGAGCUCGGUGUCGAUGCCAUCAAGGAGUACACCCAGGUCAAGAGUGUGCACUGGAACUUUGGAGAGAUGCUCGAUUGGCCGCUUACCGGCUGA